UAUACAAGACACAAGGUAACAAAGGUAUUGACCAUAGAGCGAUAACAUCAUAAGUCUUUACCACCAAUUGUUAAUGACAAUACAAUGACGUCUCAAGUCCGAAAACCGAUCCUUAUCUCCGGUGCGGGGCCAUCAUCUCUUCUACUUGCCCGCUCCCUCCUCCGGUCUUCCAUUCCGUUUCUAGUCUUUGAACGAGAUAGUUCGCUAUCAUUUCGGGCUCAAGGCUACAGGUUGCGUCUAUCCACACAAGGUCUUGACGCGAUCGAGUCGGUUCUAAGUCCGGAUGGCUUUCAAAAGUUCUGGGAUACGUGUGGUAAGACGGGUGGGUCGAAAGGAUUUGCUAGUAUCAAUGCCCUUACGGGAGAAGAGAUCCCGGAGGUUACGCCUCAACCUGAAAGCCAGAAAGAGUCGCCGAAAGGUGUAGGAAAAGAAGUCCUGACAUCACGCGAUGGGAAAACCGUAGGGAUCUCUCGGGGUGAGAUGCGCUCGUUAUUCUUGGAGGGUUGUGAACCUUUCAUCAGGUUUGCCCACCACGUUACGGGCUAUCGAUUAACACCUACGGGAGUACACGCUAUUUUCAAGGAUGGUACCGAAUCAAUCGAGGGGGAGAUGUUGAUUGGUGGUGAUGGUAUCUAUUCCAGGAUAGCAAAACAACUUUCGCAAGGGAAAUUGAAGACAUACGAUACGGGUGCAAGAGGAAUCCAUGGGAAAGCUCCAUCAACGGCGUUUAAAGGUCUUGGCGAAGGUGUAUGGCGUAUUGUAGAUGAUUCCAAGCCAAAUGGGAAGGUAUUCGUCAUUACAAACGUUCGUCCUGGUGAUAUGGAUGAUCCGAACAUAGAUUUUGGUUGGACAAUGGGUGGUCAACCAGGAGUGAUCAAACCACCUAACGACGACUUCGCUAUCAUUGGCCGGCCAGCAGCUGAAAUAGCCAAAAGUCUUUCGUCGAAUUGGCACGCUCGACUUAAACCUCUCUUUGAUCAUAUGGACGAAUCUGAAGCGGCUUUUUGGAAGAUCACUUGUUCCACACCUUCAGGAGUACCGGAAUGGAAGAACGAACCUCGUGUUACGGUAAUCGGGGAUGCCGCGCAUUCUAUGACGCCCGCUGGAGGUAUUGGUGCCAAUACAGGCGUUAGAGAUUCCGACUUGUUGGGGAGAUUGCUAGGUGAAGCAGGUGGUUAUAAAGAUGGUGUGACUUUGACUUACGAGAGAGAAAUGAGAGUCUACGCAAGCGAGGCGGUUAGAGCGAGUUAUGGAAUGGCCACCAAGCAAUUCGGAGUGUUUAUUGAUGAGUCUAGUCCAACAGUAGGAAGCUAAGUGUACGGCCUACAUAACAAUAUAACCGCCCGCCCAACACCAAAGAGUAGAGACCCUAUUUAGCAUUUCCGUAACAACAAAGUUCCUUAACGCCUUACACAUUUGGUCGUUCGACUCUUGGUUAUGAUUGUAUGAAAUAUAGGAGAAUAAUGAAUAUAUGAUUAAGAUAAGAGUCUUUAAUAGUUAAAAACUAAUUUCUUUAAUUUAAGAAAAUCAAAA